UGCGGCUCCGCCUUUCAUGAAUCGCUGGGUUUGUACGCAAAACUGGAACUGCGUUACAUUUCCGCCCAUAGAGAAGCUUAACAUCCAAUGGAUAUGCUAACUUAGCACUUGUGACUGGCUGGUAUCUGAGUUGUGGAUUGGCCGGGCUAACGCGGCAAUAAGCACUUUGUAGCUUCGUUAAAGUGACCAUCCUGCCCGCUGCUGUCCCUGAGAAGCUGGUUCUCUCUCGCUCUCUUCGCCAUAAACAAGCAAUCAUAAACAGCCACCUAAAAUGAAGUUCUCCGCUGCUAUUGUCGCUCUCUGUAUCAGCCACGCCGCUGCUUGCGCCAACCAAGGGCAUUUCUGCACCAACGGCGGCGCCACCGACUGCGAGUGCAAUGGCGGACAUUUGCUGAAAUGCGUUCCUGUCGAGGGCCUGAGUGGCCAGUUCCCAGUUGCAUAUGCCUGGUUCAAUGUGCAAAACUGCCCCAAGGUUGGCAACGACCUGCAGCGUGUCAACGGAAAGUGUCUACACUAAGAGAUCUAUCGUCGUUAAUACUUUGAUGCUGGCUUUGUUCCUAUUUUGAAUAUCAGUAAUAAAGAAGCCAAAAUUGUACAUCUGUCAUUCCAUGGCUGCUAUGCUAACCACUGGCGGCAAUGCUCGACUUAAUUACAUCGCGGGUACUGAAAAUUAACAAACGGCUAAGUUAGCUUUUGAUGCUUACACGUUAAGCGUAAACGCCGC